AUGAACAAGCGACUGCAGCUUGUGAUAUUCAUCGGCCUUUUGGCCGUUAAGGAUUCCUUCUCACAAGUUCUCGGUCAAGCUUCACAAACGGGGGAGAUGGACACAACCUCAGACGCAACUGCCACUCCCGAUAUUACAAGCGAGAUCGUCCUUGGAGGGGCCAGCUCGACUGCUAAUACAAUUGUCGUUACAAUAGCCUCAGAUGAAACCUGCGGUUUUCUAUCAGGUCGACCAACAUUACCUAUAACAUGCGAAAAUAACCGUCCAUGCAUGUGGGCAAGUGACCUAGGGAUCCUCUGUGGUAACCUUGACAAUGGCAACAAUUUCGAUAUCCAUUUUCGGUGUGUAGACAGAGACACGGCAUUGAAUCCAAAUCUUUGUAACGAUACAUGCGUGGGUAACACAGUGAACCUUCUCUGUACCAACGAGUCUGCUCCUCACUGCGCGACGUACGCAUUUCCGCAAGGAAUUCAGGACUUUAGAUGCUCCUCUACCCCAGCGACUCGAGUUUCGACCGUGUCAUUUACUUAUAGCGGCCAGGAGGACGCGAGCUUCGCAACAACAACCAUUGACUUGAAUGCUGAUUCUGUUUCCAAAACCUCAGGAACUGAAAUUAAAGCAUCAAGCACUUCCGCUAUAUCAACAUCUUCUUCUUCUGCUACCUCAGAUCCGCCAUCUUCCAGUCAAAAUAAUCUCGGAGCGAUAAUCGGUGGCGCGGUGGGAGGUUUCGCUGCAAUCUCUCUUGUAAUUUUCGGAAUCGUCUGGUUUGUGCGACAGUCACGGAAAAAGACUCGCCAAUCAAUACCGAUGAAUCAGAUGGAACAAGACCCAUUGUCUGAUCCAAAUGUUGGAAAGACAGGACCAACCUCCUCGGUUCCGAGCGAUUGGAGAAAUUCGACAAUGACGGCACUGAGCUCACCGAAUUCUGCCUCACCACAAGCUUGGAUGAAUCAGCCUGUGUCACCAAGUGCACAGAGUGACGCGUCGCAAGGAAUGAUGCCAACCAUGGGGCAGAAUUUGACCUACGAGAUGAGUGGGGAAUCUGUCCAACCUCCGCAAGAAAUGGGAGACAAUCGGGUUUAUGAGAUGGAUGGCCACCCGGAUCGUCAUUGGGUCUAG